UAGCAUAGGAAUAGCUAAACUAUCACUUCCACAGCCAGAAAGAGUGAAGAGGCUGGGGGAGAGAGAAAAAAAGAGGAAAAAAGGGGCAGGAGGAAAAAGAAGUAAAGAGAGAGAAGGCAAAAAAGAAGAAAAACUUUGAAGAAGGAAAAAAAAAUAGAAGGGAAGAGUCUGAGAGGACAAAGAGAAGUUGUAUAGAGGUGUUAGGAGAGGAGGAGGAGGAGGAGGAGGAGGAGGAAGGCGAACUUCAGAAAAGAGGAAAAAAAGUUGCAGAACUUCACUCAUCUGGAUGUCAUUUGGUUGCCUGGAGCCGCUUGCAGUCCAGGGACGCACGAUCUUGCACCAUGCAUCUCCUGUUGGUAUGGACUGUCCUCAUCGCUGUACACACAGUCCUUACUGAAGGCUGCCCAGAUGGAUGUCAGUGCAACCAACCAUCUACAGUCUUCUGUAUGAACCGCAAGAACCCCAGUUUUCCUCGUGCCAUACCUCCGAACACGUUCAGCUUGUACCUCUUUCAGAAUGCCAUCAGUUCAAUUGAGGAGAACAGCUUCUCAGGCCUGUGGGACCUACAGCUCUUAGAUCUAUCCCAUAACAAAUUGUCUAAUCUACCUGGAGGAGUCUUCAAAAGAUUGACCAACCUCAGCAACCUGGAUCUCUCAUCAAACCAAAUCACCGAGAUCUCUGCAGAAACUUUCCAAGGCCUGAGUCGUCUAGAAAGGCUGUACCUCAGCGAGAACAACAUUCGGAGCAUUCAUCCAGACGCCUUCAGAGGUCUUGAGAACCUACUUGAACUUAAGCUGACCAAAAAUCAAUUGGUAGUGGCUCCAGCCUUUUCCCUACCUCAUCUCCUGCUCCUGGAUCUUAGUUAUAACGCUAUCCCAACCAUCCAAUCUGGAGUCUUCCAUGCAAGAAACAUAGAGACCUUACGAGUGGCUGGUCUUGGCCUAAAAGAAGUACCCGCAGAUCUCUUGAAUGAACUAAAGAACCUUCAUGAGUUGGAUCUGUCUGAUAACCACUUGACUAAGGUGCCCCCAGGUCUACGAGGAUUGACCAAACUCAAUCUAGCCGGCAAUGUGGCCAUUUCCCAGCUUCAACCUGAUGACUUUUCAGGCCUCAGUUUAUUACAAGAUUUAGAUCUAAGUAGGAUGAGCCUUCAUAUUUUGCCGAAGGGUCUUUUCCAAUCCACACCACGCCUUCGAGGUGUUAGUCUGGCGCAAAACCCUUUUAACUGUGUGUGUUCAUUGAGCUGGUUAACAGAAUGGCUCCGAGUCAGUGGAGUAGCUCUACACCGCUCAGAAGAAACUCGCUGCCACUUCCCUCCCAAAAACGCAGGAAAGAUAUUACGUGAUUUGCAAAAUUCUGACUUUGGAUGUCCUAUACCAACAACAGUCUUUGUGCCUACAACCUUGGCCCUUACCAGUACCGCUGCACCAACUACACCAACCAUUCCAAGAACAACAUACACAACAACCAUUAUUACCACCACAACAACUGUUCCUCAUAUCCCAACAGAGGAGCCUGCUGUGCCCACUCAAGUCGAUCAGCAGUGUCCACCCCAAACUUGCUUGAAUGGUGGGCUUUGCCAAUUAGAUCCCCUUGGAGAAGUGGAAUGUGAAUGUCCACCAGGGUUUUAUGGGAUGUACUGUGAGAUGCUAUCAUUAACACCAGCAGAUUUUACUGAGCCACCCAAAAUACAGCUGCAAGUCCUAGAAAGAACUAGUAGUUCACUGACAGUGGAUCUACAAAGUUAUAUACAAGGUAAGAAACAUCUACCAGGACUAAGGCUAACUGUGCAGAACCUCUCUGGAUUAGACAACAGGCCAGGAAUAUACCAGCUACCUCCAACACUCUUACACUACACAUUGUGGGAACUGAGUUCUAAUAGCACAUACAGAAUUUGCCUUGGAUCGAUGCGCGAUGUAAGUGGUGAGCCCGAACUAUGCUCCGAAGCCCAGACUAUGGCAGAAUCUCCAACACCUAGUGCCCACAUUACCCAAACCAGAGAGGGAAGUCUAACCUUAGUGCUGGUGCCUGCUGUAGUUGCUGGUAUCCUUCUUUUGGUGGUCAUAGUAAGUGCAAUCUGCUAUACUCGGAGACGUAGGGAAAAAGCCCAUGCAUGUGAAAAUGGAGGUCCUCUGGAGCUGGAAGGUGUUAAAACAGGCCUAGACGAGAAAGGGGAGUUGAAAAAAUUAUCUGAGAUUUCGACAGGUACUGAACGAGGUUGGGAGUCAGAAGAACCUCUCAUGGACUCCUCCAGAGUAGGGAAUAACAAUGAUACACCUACAGGACGGCUUCCACACUCAUACUUUUAAGCCAGAAAUGGACUCAAAAACUGUGGACUCUUGCACACUCCCAGCUACAAACAGAGAGAAUACAUUUCAUUCAACGUCUGCGUUUACUGGGAGACCUGACCAGAUGACAGCAGUGCUGUCUAGGUAUUUAGGCAGAAGUGAAGGGAUAAACUGUUUGCAGUCGACGUGACUACCAGGGAUGCUAUACUGGAACAAUUGGACACUGCUUGUCGCUAAAAUUAUGGAUAAUCCAAUAUCUGAGGUCAAGGAGACACGAUGUUCUAAGCUGGAUGUCAAAUGUUUGGACUCUACAAAGAUCCCAUGCACUGAAAGCUCAGACGGGCUUGCACCUGCAUACAUAGGCUUGGAGCGGCAAAAGGUAAAAAAAACAACCUACAAAACUUCUGACAUGAAGCGGCACUUACAGGACUGGACAAGAAUUCAUUUCAGAUGAGAUACUGUUAUGAAAUAAUGCAUGCGCCCUAUUCCUGUGAGGGUGGUCAUAAAUUGACAAAAAAUAUGCUUUUACUGAUAAAUGAACAUUUAACGUCAAGGAGUUUUGGGAAACGGCAAAGUACAAGGCACCGAUUGCUGGUCAAAGUGGUGCCGAUUGUUAAUAACUGACUUAUGUAAUAAA